UGAUAAACUGUACUUGUAACGUUACCUUCAAAAUGCUUCAAGGCAGUACAGCCACAGGUCAGACAUCUGUUUGGCUGUUGGUGAUGUUUUCACUUCACAGCUCAGCACUCAGCACCCGCAAUGCCUCAGGGUUAUACCCGCGGACCUUCUCUGGCGAUGCUAAGGACUACAUGGGUCCGUCCAUGCUUGACGGCCUCGGCGAUGACACCGGUUCCGGCUCUGGUUCCCAGCCUGAGCAUGUGAGACUAUACCGUGGCUCACAUCGUCAUCCUCACAGCCACUACCUUGUCUCGGAGGAGGCCAAGCGGUUCCUGCGCAGCUGCCUGGCCACCACCUUCGUCCCGACGGUCUACAUCUUUGUCUUCAUCAUCAGCGUGCCACUCAACCUUGUGGCCGCAGUGAUAUUUGUGCACCCCGUCCGUCCUAGAAAGCCCGCCAUCAUCUACAUGCUGAAUCUGGCAUGUGCUGACCUGCUCUUUGGCCUGCUCCUCCCUUUCAAGAUAGCCUACCAUUACCACGGCAACAACUGGAUUUACGGCCCGUUGAUGUGCAGGAUCGUGACGGCGGCCUUCUACUGCAACAUGUACUGCUCGGUCCUGCUCAUGGCUUGCAUCGCCAUUGACCGCUUUCUGGCCGUGGUCUACCCCAUGAACUCGCUGACCUGGCGCAGCCGUCGGACCGCGUGGGCCGUGUGCGCCGCCAUGUGGCUGCUGGCCCUCAUGGGAGUAGCGCCUCUCUUGGCCUUGGGUCAGACCGCAUACUUGCCCCAACUGGACAUCACCACCUGCCACGACGUGCAAGAUUCUAAAAAACUGAAAUCCUAUUAUCGCUACUUCUUCACCAUCUACUGCUGCGUGUUCUUCUUUGUCCCGCUCGUCUUCACGGUGGUUUGCUACGUGCGCAUCAUCCGGGCCUUGGCGGCCUCCAACGUGGAGAACCGUUCCAAAAAGACUCGAGCGGUGGUGAUGGCUGCGGUUGUGCUGGUCGUCUUUGUGGUCUGCUUCACCCCAGCUAACAUCAUUCUAAUGGUCCACUACAUCGGAAUCAACAAGUCCAGCGACACCUCCUACCGGGCCUACCUGCUCGCCAUGUGCGCAGGGAGCCUUAGCUGCUGCCUGGACCCGCUCAUCUACUACUUUGGCUCAUCUCAGUGUAGGAAACGGGUGGUGGCGCUGUUUGGAUGCCAGCGUCCGCAUCAGACUCCGAGCAGCUCGCAUACGCAGAGCACCAGAAUCAGCGGGCAGAGGGACAGCAGCAAGUCAUGCAAAAUGGAGGUUGUUCAAAGUUUGUCAGCGGGCCAGUAUUGUAAAUUGGACAACAAGGUGCAUAGCAUUUAGGUCUGUCAUUUACACAGUUCAACAAAUCAAUCUAGAAAAUGUAUUUGCAUUUCUGAUUGAAAACAAAAAAA